AUAAUAUGUUUCUUCACUGAUUAGUAAUCUCUCUGGGCAGAGUACCACUAGUCACACUCCUACUAUUUUGGAUCUUUCUGUCUUCUCUUUGUUUUUGGUCGUGACUAUAUAUGAAUAUACAUAUAAACCAGAAGAAGCAGAAGAUAAACUGUCUCUUUUUUUUUUUUUUUGAAGAAUAGAAUAGAUAGAACUACUACUUUAGCUAGUAGCAGCUUCAACAAAGAUAGAGAGAGAUGCAUCAUUUCGUCCCAGACUUCGAUACAGAUGACGAUUAUGUCAAUUCCUCAUCUUUGAAUCUUCCUAGAAAAUCCAUUACUACUACUACUACUAUGGGUGGUGAUGAUGAUAAUGAUCAUCUUAUGGAGCUUUUAUGGCACAACGGUCAAGUUGUUGUUCAUAACCAGAGACUUCAUCACCAUAACAAUAACAAGAAACCUUCUUCUUCUCCACCCAAGAUGCUUCUUCAACCUCCUCCUUCUCCUAUGCAGCAGCAACCGUCAGAUCAGAAUCUUUUUAUCCAUGAAGACGAAAUGACCUCAUGGCUUCAUUAUCCUCUCCGUGACGAUACCGACGACUUCUGCUCAGAUCUUCUCUUCUCUUCAGCCGCGCCCGGUGCUCCGUGUGUGGCGGCGACGACGGCGGAGAGACAGAUGACUAGUCUAGCGGUUACGACACCGAGACCGCCGGUGGUGGAGAGACAGAUGACGAGUCAAGCGGUUACGGCACCGAGACCGCCGGUGGUGGAGAGACAGAUGACGAGUCAAGCGGUUACGGCACCGAGACCGCCGGUGGUGGAGAGACAGAUGACGAGUCAAGCGGUUACGGCACCGAGACCGCCGGUGGUGGAGAGACAGAUGACGAGUCAAGCGGUUACGGCACCGAGACCGCCGGUGGUGGAGAGACAGAUGACGAGUCAAGCGGUUACGGCACCGAGACCGCCGGUGGUGGAGAGACAGAUGACGAGUCAAGCGGUUACGGCACCGAGACCGCCGGUGGUGGAGAGACAGAUGACGAGUCAAGCGGUUACGGCACCAAGAUCGCCGGUGGUGGAGAGACAGAUGACGAGUCAAGCGGUUACGGCGCCGAACCCGUCGUUGCCGAGGCCGCCGGUGAGGAAUUUUAUGAAUUUUUCGAGGCUGAGAGGCGAUUUUACCAACGGUAGAGGUGAAUCUGGACAACCGUCGGUUUCCAAGGCGGUUGUGAGGGAAUCGACGCAGGUGAAUACUAGCGCUGCCGCCGCGAUACCGUCGGCGGCGGUGGCGAGUGAAUUUGGUUUAACGCGGCGGAUGGAUGGUGCUGAAAAAUGCUCCGCCGUAGCUGGAGGCGGACUUGAUCGGAAGGGAAAAGCAGUGGCGACGACGACGAUUGAGAUUCCUGGUAUAUCUACUCCUAUAAUGUCGAAGAGCGAAAUCGGACCGGAGAAGACGAUCGUCGAUGAGAGGAAACGACAAGAGAGAGAAGCCAUUGGCGAGACUGAGUGUCGCAACGAGAACGAGGAAACUAAACAAGGACGUGGAUCAACCAAGAGAUCUCGUGCUGCUGAAGUUCACAAUCUCUCUGAAAGGAAACGAAGAGAUAGGAUCAACGAGAGGAUGAAAGCUCUGCAAGAACUCAUUCCUCGCUGCAACAAGUCAGACAAAGCUUCCAUGCUGGAUGAAGCUAUUGAGUACAUGAAAUCUCUACAGCUUCAGAUACAGAUGAUGUCAAUGGGAUGUGGUAUGAUGCCAAUGAUGUAUCCGGGUAUGCAACAAUACAUGGCCAUGGGGAUGGGUAUGAACCAGCCUCUUCCUCCUCCUUCCUUCAUGCCUUUUCCCAAUAUGUUGCCUGCUCAAAGACCUUUGCCUACACAGACCCCUAUAGGAGGAGGCUCUGUAUUCCCAGCACCGCAGUACCCUGUUCAUCCUUCUGACCCAUCAAGACUAUAUGUUCAGAACCAGCAAUGUGAUCCAACAUUGAGCCAGCCUCCUCAGUAUCCUGGUUUCAUGGAUCCAUAUCAGCAGUUCCGCGGUGUCCACCCGAGUCAACCACCUCCGUUUCAGAAUCAAGCAACAUCGUACCCAAGUUCAAGCAGGGUAAGCAGUACCAAGGAAUCUGUGGAUCAGGGAAACCACACAAAAGGUUAAAAGCUUGGAGCAGCCAGAGUAUCUUUUUUGACAAGCAAACACACAAUUUUGAGAAUUUGACAGAGAGAGACCUAACAUGUAAAUCGCCAUCUAAGAUAUAACGCAUCUCCCCUGUUCUUUUUGUUGUUGUUCUCUCUUUCCGAGUUGUAAACUUAGAGAACUGUACAUGUCAAGAUCCAGAAAUCUAGGAAUCAAUACAUAGAAGUUACAGAGGCUUAGUGAAGAGAAUAGAUGGAACAUUAGGUUCAUAUACAAACCCGAACAUUAUUCUUUCUUGUCUUCUAUAAGUUUUGACUACAGUUAAACAAGUCGUCACAUGCUACUUCUGAA